AUGGAAGGACGGUAUCGCAUAUUACGGGACAAACUGUGGAUUGAACUAAUUGCGUCUGACGUAGCCGUAAGCGAUAUUUUGAUGAUGUAUAUAAAUAAGCAAAAAGAAAAUAAACCUUUUCCUUUACAAAAAAGCUUUAUAGGUAGAAUACUUGGCCUACUGAAAACUAAUUUGGAUAAAUGGUUUAAAGAUUAUGUCAACGAUUACCUAACGUACUUUGCAAUAGCAGGAAAUAAAGCUAGUAGCAAAUUUUUAAAAUACGACCAAGAAAAAACAAUCGCUCUUAACAAAUAUGCAGAUUAUGUAUUGGAUAGGAUAAAUAAGAGAAUAGAACGAUUGAAUGCUACUGCUGUGGAUUGCCGAAAUUUCACUAUCACGAAACCAAAUGGCGAGGAAAUUAGACUCACAAACGGUGUAUUACUAGGAUUAGACACAAUUCACAGAAGAUCAUUUGCGACUUGCAAAAAGGACAGUCAAUUGCGCAAAGUAGAUACCGUUGUCGGCUUCAGCAAUUUGAAGGUAUACUACGAUUACAAAGCUGUAGUUAGUACGAUGAAUGUAGAACUUGCGGGACUUUUAGUUGUAUCAGUUGAUGAGCUUAUAACUUACAUGAGAGUAACUCUGACUAAAGAUCCAGAAAAUUUUGAUGUAAUAUUUGAUUCUAUACAAAUAAAGUAA